AUGGAAACAAUAUCUGCUAAGAAGAAAAAGCUUCUGAACGCUAACAAGGAAGAUGACAGAUCAGGCGAAGACCGGAUCAGUGAUCUUCUAGACGCUGUUCUUCAUCACAUUCUCUUCUUUCUUCCCAUCAGAUCCAUUGCACAAACUUGCAUCUUAUCAAAACGAUGGAGAGAUCUCUGGCAGUACUCCUUUCCUGAUCUGGACUUCACAACAACCACCUCACAUUCCAAUGCUUCCAAAACCAUUAAGUACUUAACCACCCACAUAGCUAAAGGUACUAAUCAUGGACAUCUCCGUGCGAAGCUCUGUGACAUAAGGAUCCUUCGUUUUCGUGCUCAAUUGAGUUUCUCUCACCUAAAUGGUUUGAUCUGUCGCGCCAUAAGGCAUAAUGUUCAAGAACUAGACAUUGAAGUUGCCAUGGAGGGCAGUAAUUUUGAGCAAACGCCUGCGCACCCUCCGAGUACCUGCUCAAUCUCAUUAAUCUCACAGUAG